AUGUCUUCUCCCCAAGACAUCGAGGCUCCCGCUGUGGAUGAGAAGAAGAUCGCCAUCGUCUCGGACCAGGAUCAAUCCGACACCACCAGCGAGCGCAAUGGCGAGACCGACCUCGUCGCCGUGGAAGGCCAAUACACAAAGGAGGAAUACCACAAGCUCAAGAGAAAGGUCGACAAGUACCUCCUCCCCCUGAUGUGGAUAUGCUACGGCAUCCAGCAAACCGACAAGACGGCGCUCGGCACCCAGGCCAUCUUUGGUCUUCGUCAAGACACAGGACUAAAGGGCCAGGAAUACAGCUGGCUCACAACAAUCUUCUACAUCACAUACAUGUGCUUCGAAUUCCCGAGCAAUAUCGUCCUCCAGCGCUACAAAAUGGGCCGCACCCUCUCCGUCUACAUGAUCUGCUGGGGCAUCAUCGUCCUCUGCAUCGGCUUCGCCCAGAACUUCACCCACCUCAUUGUCCUCCGCGCGCUGCAGGGCGCGUUCGAGUGCUGCAUCUCGCCCGGCUUCAUGUUGCUGGUCGGCACGUGGUACAAGACGCGCGAGCACGCCUCGAGGUCUCUCGUCUUUCAGAGCGCGAAUGCUGGGUUUGGGGUCAUUGCCUCGCUCAUCAUGUACGCUAUCGGCGCGUCGACGCAGCAUAAGGAGGGGGCUCAGCCGUGGAGGUAUAUUUCGUUUUUCUUGGGUAGCUUGACGACUGCCAUUGGCUGUCUUUGUCUGUUCCUCCUUGGUACGCCGUCCGAAGUGAGGUGGUUGACCCAGGCUGAGAAGGACAUGGCGAGCGCGCGCAUAAUCUCCAAUAAUACCGGUCACGAUCGCACCGCAAUCAAGGGGUGGAAGUGGAAGCAGGUCGGCGAAUGCUGUCGCGAUCCCAUCUUCUGGUUCGCCGGCGUGAAUGCCUUCCUGAGCUCCGUCCCUAACGGCGGUCUCACCACCUUUGGCAGCAUCAUCAUGACUUCCUUUGGCUUCAACAACCUCCAAACCAUCCUCAUCGACAUCCCCCGAUCCGUAAUGUCCGUCAUAAUCUUUAUCUGCGUCGGCCUCCUCACCAGCAAAAAAGCCAACCUCCGCCUCUGGAUCAUGGCAACCUCCGUCCUGCCCCCCUUCGCAGGCUUCCUCGGCAUGUCCCUCCUCCCCAAUGACCCAGCAAUCAAGUGGACCAAAUGGGGCUGCUACUUCAUCACCGUGCCCUUCGUCCUCGGCCUCUUCCUCGCCUGGACCCUGAUCCCGAGCAAUAUUGCCGGCCGCACCAAGCGCACCAUGACGUCCAGCUUCACCUUUGUCGGGUACUGCGUGGGUAACAUGGUCGGCAGCCAGAUCUUCAAGGCGCAGGAUGCGCCAAAGUACACCCCUGGAACGAUUGGGUGCGCGAUCUGCUUUGGAAUUCAGUUUGCGUUGAUUUUGACGUGGCGGUUUGUGUUGGUGAGGAGGAAUAAGCAGAGAGAUGCUGCUAUGGCUGUUGAUGGAUUGACUGUGGAGGAGAGAGCGAAGAGGGGUAAGGAGCUUGGGGAGCAGGAUUACACCGAUUUCGAGAACCCUUAUGUGAGUAGACCUGGUCUGAUUCGUUGUAGUCUCUUUGCUGACAUCGAACCCGCAGUUCCGUUACACACUCUAGAAUACCCUUGGGUGGAAUACAGUCCAUUUUCAUUCAGGUCAUAG